CUUAUAUCUUACAAUGUCGCAGGGAUUUAUUUAGUUUGUUUCGUUUGUGCUUUCAAUCAAACAAGACACAAACUCAAAAAGCUCACUCAUGCAAACAUUUCUCUCACAGGACACAUUCACGGCCUCGCAGACAUGCAAUUAUUUAUAUAUGUAUAUAUAUAUAUAUAUAUAUAUAUAUAUAUAUAUAUAUUAGAGAUGCGCGGUUUGCGGUCUCAUCCGCGGAUAAACCGCGGGUCGGGCGGGUGACAUGACGAAAAAAUAGAUUUUAAUUAGAUUCGGGCGGUUGGCGGUUGAACCAUCCGGAAAUAUUUGAUAUACAUGGUUCUGGGAUCGGUAUCCUUUGCCAUUCAAAGAGCCAUUUAAGACCCGUGUCACAAAGCGAAGAAAACAAUAAGAGACGCUAAUAUUCUCUAGAAUAACUGCCGGCAGUCACCCAGUUGAUAAGUAUUAGGGCGUGCUAUGAAGCCAUUGGCUUUGUCGCCUUCUACAGCAUGUACGAUCUGCUUCUCAGUCCAGCAUCAUGUUGUGUGUGGCUUCUGCAGACACACGCACACGACUGUAAGGCAUACUGGGUGACACAGAGUACACUAAUGGUUGUGAUAUAAACAAUUUUAACACUCUUAGUAAUAUGCGCCACGCUGUGAAGCCACACCAAACAAGAUUGACAAACACAUUUCGGGAGAACAUCCUCACAGUAACACAACAUAAACGCAACACAACAAAUACCCAGAAUCCUUUGAAUCCAUGAUAAAUCCUGAAUUUUUUUGGGGCAAGUAUGUGCUCCAUUCACUCUAUCGCAAAACAAUAAGUGUUGUAGAAAUUAUUGGAAACUUAAAGGCCUACUGAAACCCACUACUACCGACCACGCAGUCUGAUAGUUUAUAUAUCAAUGAUGAAAUAUUAACAUUGCAACACAUGCCAAUAUAGCCUUUUUAGUUUACUAAAUUACAAUUUUAAAUUUCCCGGGAGUUUCGUCUUGAAAACCUUGUGUAACGAUGACGUGUACGCAAGACGUCAAGGGUUUUUAGGAAGUAUGAGCGCUACGCACACAUACAGCUAAAUGUCGUCUGCUUUAACGGCAUAAUUACACAGUAAUUUGGACAUCUGUGUUGCUGAAUCUUUUGCAAUUUGUUCAAUUAAUAUUGGAGAAGUCAAAGUAGAAAGAUGGAGUUGGGAAGCUUUAGCCUUUAGCCACACAAACACACGGUGAUUCCGUGUUUAAAAUUCCCGGAGGUGAAACUUUACUAUGAAUCAGAGCGGUCAAGCCAACAUGGAUCCCGACCAAAUGUCAACCAGCAGUUUUUGGUGAGAAAAUUGUGGUAAAAAGUCGCCUUUUACCAGAGAUCAGCUGAGCUGGCGCCGUCCAUACAGCUGCCGUCGACUUCCCUCAGACACCCGUGGACACACCCUUCCGACUAUCAAGUACUAUUAAACUCACUAAAACACUAGCAACAAAAUAGAAAGAUAAGGGAUUUCCUAGAAUUAUCCUCGUAAAUGUGUCUAAAAACAUCUGAAUCCGUCCCAAUUGAUUUUUUUUUUCUAGUCCUUCGCUAUCAAUAUUCUAAUUCACGAAUCUUUCAUCCUCGCUCAAAUUAAUGGGGAAAUUGUCGCUUUCUCGGUCCGAAUAGCUCUUGCUGCUGGUGGCUCCCGUUAAAAACAAUGUGAAUAUGUGAGGAGCCCUGCAACUUGUGACGUCACGCGCACAUCGUCUGCUACUUCCGAUAAAGGCAAAGCUUUUUUAUUAGCGACCAAAAGUUGCGAACUUUAUCGUGGAUGUUCUCUACUAAAUCCUUUCAGCAAAAAUAUGGCAAUAUCGCGAAAUGAUCAAGUAUGACACACAGAUUGGACCUGCUAUCACCGUUUAAAUAAGAAAAUCUCAUUUCAGUAGGCCUUUAAAGCCCGCAUUGAACCGACACGCACAAAGCUAUAGCAAACCUACUAACGCCGUCACUGUCAUGUGAGUAUUUUUUCUCGGUUUUAACCAAGCCAAAUUUACAAUUACAUUGAAUUACAGCUGUCAGUAUCAAGUUGUGACUAUUAUGUGUUUUAAAUGGUGUUUUAUAGUGAUGAGCGUCCACAAAAGUAGCUUUUACAGUAGGAGAGUCGUCCCAUCAAACAGACAGCUGACAAAACUACAGUUCUGACGUGUAUUUUGCGUGUGUCCACAACUUAAACGAGCGAAUGAAUAUACAUUUUAGACACUUUUAAAGGCCUACUGAAAUGAGAUUUUCUUAUUUAUUCCGUUGUGGUGAAGAAGGAGCUGAGCCGGAAGGCAAAGCUCUCAAUUUACCGGUCGAUCUACGUUCCCAUCCUCACCUAUGGUCAUGAGCUUUGGGUCAUGACCGAAAGGAUAAGAUCACGGGUACAAGCGGCCGAAAUGAGUUUCCUCCGCCGGGUGGCGGGGCUCUCCCUUAGAGAUAGGGUGAGAAGCUCUGCCAUCCGGGAGGAACUCAAAGUAAAGCCGCUGCUCCUCCACAUCGAGAGGAGCCAGAUGAGGUGGUUCAGGCAUCUGGUCAGGAUGCCACCCGAACGCCUCCCUAGGGAGGUGUUUAGGGCACGUCCAACCGGUAGGAGGCCACGGGGAAGACCCAGGACACGUUGGGAAGACUAUGUCUCCCGGCUGGCCUGGGAACGCCUCGGGAUCCCCCGGGAAGAGCUAGACGAAGUGGCUGGGGAGAGGGAAGUCUGGGUUUCCCUGCUUAGGCUGUUGCCCCCGCGACCCGACCUCGGAUAAGCGGAAGAUGAUGGAUGGAUGAUGGAUGGAUUUAGUAGAGAACAUCCACUAUAAAGCUCGCAACUUUUGGUCGCUAAUAAAAAAGCCUUGCCUGUACCUUAAGUAGCAGACGAUGUGCGUGUGACGUCACGGGUUGUCGAGCUCCUCACAUCCUCACAUUGUUUACAAUCAUGGCCACCAGCAGCGAGAGCGAUUCGGACCGAGAAAGCGACAAUUUCCCCAUUAAUUUGAGCAAAAAUGAAAGAUUCGUGGAUGAGGAAAUUUAGAGUGAAGGACUAGGAGGGAAAAAAAGGCGAUUACAGUAGGGGCGAUUCAGAUGUUUUUAGACACAUUUACUAGGAUAAUUCUGGAAAAUCACUUAUCGGCUAUUGUGUUGCUAGUGUUUUAGUGAGAUUAAAUAGUAACUGAAAGUCGGAGGGGUGUGGCCACGGGUGUGACAGGAGGAUGCUGGCUCCGCUGAUGUCUCCGGUAAUAGCUGACUUAUUACCACAAUUUUCUCACCGAAAACUGCCGGUUGACAUUUGGUCGGGAUCCAUGUUCGCUUGACCCCUCUGAUCCAUAGUAAAGCUUCACUUUCGGGAAUUUUAAACAAGGAAACACUGUGUGUUUGUGUGUCUAAAGGCUAAAAGCUUCCCACCUCCAUCUUUCUACUUUGACUUCUCCAUUAUUAAUUGAACAAAUUGCGCGUGACGUCACAGAUUGUGGAGCUCCUCACAUUGUUUACAAUCAUGGCCACCAGCAGCGAGAGCGAUUAGGACCAAAAAAGCGACAAUUUCUCCAUUAAUUUGAGCGAGGAUGAAAGAUUUGUGGAUGAGGAAAGUGAGAGUGAAGGACUAGAGGAGCGAUUCAGAUAUUAGACAAUUUUACUAGGAUAAUUCUGGAAAAUCCCUUAUCUGCUUAUUGUGUUACUAGUGUUUUAGUGAGAUCAUAUGGUCAUACCUGUACAACCUGAAGGUCGGAGGGGUGUGGUGACCGCCAGUGUCUCCGAGGGAAGCCACGUUUCUCGACAAGGCGAAUGCAGCCGAUGUUUCCUCCACGUUGGAAUCAUCUGACGGUCGGGGGUGGCUGGUGGGAGGAGGCAAGAGAGUCCACAGCUGCCUCUCUGACAGGUACAGGUGGAACGACGUAAGCUCUCCGCUCAUGUCUACGGUAAGAGCCGACUUAUUACCACAAGUUUCUCACCAAAACCUGCCGGUUGACACGUGGUAGGUUCAAGGUUCAACUUUAUUGUCCCCACGGGGAAAUUUGUCUUGGACACAGUGCAUCAUUGCUUUCUUAUCAUACACAAAACCAACUAACAUUUAAACAUCUAAAUAUCAGAACAUGGAGCUUGAUAGACACGGGUGGCACUUUUAUGUAGGCAUAAAAUCUACAGUAUGGAGAUAAAGAUAAAAUACCAGUGUGCAUUGCACUAGAGCUUAUGGAUAAAGUGCCGUGUGCUAAAAUGUUUAGUUCUAAAGUGCUAUGUGCUAAAAAAAAAAGUGCUAACCUAUGUAUUAACAUUCUAUUGCACAUUGUUGGUCAGCUUAAUGGAGGCUGGGACAAAUGAUAAUUUAAGGCGGUUAGAUUUGCUUAGUGGGACCCGGAGUAUUCUCCCUGAUGGCAGGGUUCCAUAUUCAGGGAAGAGUGGGUGUUGUGAAUUGGAAAUCAUUUUCUUAGCUUUUUUCAUAACUGCCUGCUCAUAGAUGCUCUGUAUGGACUCAUUCUUUCCUCCCUGCGAUUUUCAUUGCCGUUUUAUGCAUGUCGGCCAGUUUGCUUUUUAGCUUAACGGUUAGGUUGCCAAACCAUGAGGUGAUCCCGUAUCUAAUGAUGCUCUCUACAAUAGCAUGGUAGAAGAUCAUCAUGUGGUGGCUGCUUACGCCGUACAAUCUUAAUCUUCGCAAAAAAAUAUAGCCUCUGGGGCAAUGUUUCACAAAGAACCGUGUUCGCUUGACCACUCUGUUCCAUAGUAAAGCUUCACCGUCAUCUUUCGGGAAUGUAAACAAGGAAACACCGGCUGUGUUUGUGUUGCUAAAGCCGGCCGCAAUACACCGCUUCCCACCUACAUCUUUCUUCUUUGACGUCUCCAUUAUUAGUUGAACAAAUUGCAAAAGAUUCAGCAACACAGAUGUCAAUAAUACUGUGGAAUUAUGCGAUGAAAAGAGACGACUUAUAGCGGUGAACGGUGCCGGACCAAAAUGUCUGCUACAAUGCGUGAUGUCACGCGCACGCCUCAUCAUACCGCGACGUUUCAGCAUGAUACUUCCGCGCAAAAUUUAAAAUUGCAAUUAAGUAAACUAAACCAGGCCUUUAAAGUUUACUCGUCUGGUUAAAAUGAAUGACAAUUAAGGGUUAGGACGCAAGGAAGCUGUUACUGACUCUGUCCAGCAGGGGGCAAUGUUUCACAAAGGCUUCACAGCUCAUGCAAACACACCACUAUUUACAUAUUUUUCUAUUCUUAGCAGGUAUUGCUAGAUCUAUUAAUGAGGAUUGUAAGUUGUGGAGUUUUUUUUUUUUUUCAAGCAGUGCUAUUUAUGAGUGAAUAGCUACAAUGAGCUGUCCCAGUGGCUCCAGCAGGGGGCGCUCCUGCUGCGGUUCAUCCACAUAAAAGUUGAUGAAGACUACAGUAUAGGCAUCUUGAGCACACACACUUUAGCAGCACUAACCUUCCAGUGAGUCUUGCCGACAGUCCUAAACGAGCAGACUGGAAGCACCUUUUAAAGAGAAGGAUGUUUUGCACGGAGGUGAUCACCAUGUGUCUGCAGUCUGCCAAGCGCCAGCAGAAGCAGCAAAGCAGCGGACGAGAGCUCAGCAUCCUUCAUGAUAUAUUCCGCCGAGCAGAUAAAAAUGACGACGGCAAGCUGUCCUUCAAAGAGUUCAACGCUUACUUCGCCGACGGUGUCCUAACCACGGUGCAGCUGCAGGAGCUUUUCUUCUCCAUUGACGGAAGACAGAAUAACAAUCUGGACACUGACAAGCUAUCAGAUUUUUUUUCUCAGCACCUCGGGGAAUAUCUGAAUGUCCUCUCAGCUCUUGAGAAGCUGAAUGUGGCCAUUUUAAAGGCCAUGUAUAAAACCAAAGAGGAGUACCAGGACUCAAGUGUUCUAGACCAGUUUGUGACCCGCUUCCUGCUGCGAGAGACGUCCAGUCAGCUCCUGUACCUGCAGAGGUCGCUGCAGUGCGCCAUGGAGGCCGUGGAUGAGGAGAGCAGCCCCUUGAAGGGAGAGGAAACAACCACGGAGCUGCCGUCGGUGCUCACGAGUGGGCAUCGCUGUGGUCGCGGGCUCCUUGAUAAUGUCCAUUUAAACUGCCAAAACACAAGUAAGGAUGGAGGCGAUUGGAGCUCCCAAACUGCUCGGCUGCAGCAGCUGCUGGAUAAACUGGAGUGUCCAGGUCCAAAGUUGGAGCCUCUGAAGGAGGACACUUUCAACACGAGCGCGUCCAACAUCCUCCUGGUGCAGAGGAAGAUGGCGGUGAGUGACGAUGACUUGGACCACUUCAGGAAAGUUCUCCAGAGCUACGUAGAUGCAACGUCGGCCCACUCGGACAACCUGCACAUCUCUGUUCAGAAGCUGCCGAAAAAGACCUCUUACGUGGUUUACGAGUUCUGGCCAGACCGUGUCUCCUGGAUGAGCUACCUGCAGUCCAACGACAGCAAAGACUUCAAGCGCUGCAUAAUCGACAUGCUGGAGGAUGCUGAGGUGGUAACUACUAUGUUUCUACCAGCUUCCUGGUGGAUUAUGCCUAAUAAUUGAACGGGGGAGCGUCACAGCCACUGCCUACACUGUCACAUCGAUGCUGGCAGUUCACCCACCUGCAUGGACACACACACACACACACACACACACACACACACACACACACACACACACACACACACACACACGGGGGUGGUGGGGUUCAAAAGUGUUUGAAGCCUGUGUCGCCGUCUUGCCUGCUCCAGCAGCUCGUUGUUUUCAGCUGCUCAUUACUGCGCUAUUACAUGGUACACAAUGUGUGUGUUUGUGUGUAUCGUUGUGAUUUGUCAUGCCGCCAAACAAGCAAGCAUGAUAAUGAUGAUAAAAAAAGUUGUUUCAUACAUAAAUGCAUUCGUCAAAUAAAAAUGAAAUACAUAGCAUACAAUCACAGUGCCGCUAGGGGGUGGAGUUGCUAUCCAUCUAUCCUGAUAACGCUUAAAGUAGCGGUAGAACGGAAAAAUGAGUUGACUUUAUAUGCUUGAUUGUGUUUCACUAUAUCCAUUAAACCAUAUUCAAUUGUAUUAACAUUAUGCGAAAAUACAGUCUAAACAUCACUCAAUGCCAUAAUUACAAACGGCCAUUAUGGAUGUAUUGCUCAUCCUCUUUGUGUUCGGGUUCAAAAAUAUAAGAUUCUGGAUCAUAAGUUUUCCUAAAGUAAUCGCUGUUGGCUCCCACAAAGUCUGCAUGAUUAGCAUUGUUGUUGAUGGGUAAGAGAACUAUGGUUGCUACUUCUACGUCACGGACCAGGUGUCUGGCUUCCUCACUCUCUCUCUAAAAUGGCUCGGAAGUCUCUGUGAGAUUGAUAAUAUUUCGAUCAUAUCUAUUUACUCGCAAACUUUUAAAGUCUUAAAGGCCUACUGAAAUGAGAUUUUCUUAUUUAAACGGGGAUAGCAGGUCCAUUCUAUGUGACAUACUUUUUCAUUUCGCAACAUUGCCAUAUUUUUGCUGAAAGGAUUUAGUAGAGAACAUCGACGAUAAAGCUCGCAACUUUUGGUCGCUAAUAAAAAAGCCUUUCCUGUACCGGAAGUAGCAGAUGAUGUGCGCGUGACGUCACGGGUUGUAGAGCUCCUCACAUCCUCACAUUGUUUACAAUAAUGGCCACCAGCAGCGAUAGCGAUCCGGACCGAGAAAGCGACGAUUUCCCCAUUAAUUUGAGCGAGGAUGAAAGAUUUGUGGAUAAGGAAAGUGAGAGUGAAGGACUAGGAAAAAGAUAUAUAUAAAAAAAAAAAAGACGAGGGCAGUGAGAGCGAUUCAGAUGUUAUUAGACACAUUUACUAGGAUAAUUCUGGAAAAUCCCUUAUUUGCUUAUUGUGUUACUAGUGUUUUAGUGAGAUUAUAUGGUCCUACCUGAAAGUCGGAGUGGUGUGGUGACCGCCAGUAUCUUUGAUGGAAGCCACGUUUCUUGACGAGGCAAGGCAGCCGGGCUGAGAUUUUUUUUUCCUCCACGGUGUAAGCCUCCGACGGUCGGGGGCAGCCGUUGGGAGGAGGCAAGAGAGUCCGCUGCUGCAGGAGGCGAGGCACGACGCAAGCUCUCCGCUCAUAACUACGGUAAGAGCCGACUUAAUACCACCAUUUUCUCACCGAAACCUGCCGGUUGACAUGUGUAGGGAACCAUGUUCGCUUGACCGCUCUGUUCUAUAGUGAAACUUCACCAUCAGCUUUCGGGAAUGUAAACAAGGAAACACCGGCUGUGUUUGUGUGGCUAAAGGCGGCCGCAAUACACCGCUUCCCACCUACAUCUUUCUUCUUUGACGUCUCCAUUAUUAAUUGAACAAAUUGCAAAAGAUUCAGCAACACAGAUGUCCAGAAUACUGUGUAAUUUAGCGAUUAAAGCAGACGACUUAUAGCUGGGAUCGGUGCUGGAUCAAAAUGUCCGCUACAAUCCGUGACAUCACGCGCACACGUCAUCAUACCGCGACGUUUUCAGCAGGAUAUUUCGCGCGAAAUUUAAAAUAGCAUGUGUUGCAAUGUUAAGAUUUCAUCAUUGAUUUAUAAACUAUCAGACUGCGUGGUCGGUUGUAGUGGGUUUCAGUAGGCCUUUAAGUGUUAAUGAAUCAGAUAUAUAUGAUAAUAGCUUCAUUAUACAGGCAAUUUUUUUAUAAUCUACAAGUACUUGAAUUCAUAGAGAGUAGUUUCUAAAAUGGAGCACAGGCCUUGAAACUUAGCUUUGUUUACAUGUUGAAUCUUUGUUUAGGAAAAUAUACAUGAUGAGGAAUAUAAAUAAUUAGUUCCAGGGUCAAACUGUGGUCAUUUUAAAACAUUUUACUGUACAGGCUUUAAGCUUCCUAAGCAUCCUACAAAUGUAAAACAAUGUUAUUAAAAGGACAUAUAACCACUUUAAGUCUUAGCUUUGAUGACAAAGGCAUAGCAGGAAAGUCAAUUUUAUUUUUGACAAUAAAGUCAUAUUCUUGCUGCUAUACAAGAGUAAAAAUAACUUUACAAAACUCACAUGACUUCCUGUCCUUGUACUGCUCUUUUCACCUUCUUUUUCUCCUCCUACAAAAAUGGACAAACAUGCUAAAUAACACAUCCAGAGUGAAUCAUUUGAUGCUUGAUACGUAAAUACUGGCUCGUGUGACACUUUGUGGUACUUAAGAGGCAUGUUUUUCUUUCUUCUUCUUCUUCUUCUUAAGAUUCAAAUUCCAAAUAAACAUGCUUAGUUCCACUUUGUAUUUUUCUUUGGAUUUUUAAUAAAUGUGUCCAACAUUUA